CCGAUGUUUUACUGAAAUUCAAAUAUCGGAACAGAGUCAGCUGCUUGACGAUAACAGACAAUCAUUCACGCACUGGUAGAAACAUCUUAUUGGGGGAACAUAAUUAUGCAUUAUGUGAGUUGCCAAUAUGAGACUGUUACUACUGGAUUUAUUCAGAAUCGUUUUAAUCAUUGUUUUUCCUUUUUGGAUCAUAUCACCGAUUGAAAUAGUGCAAUCAAAUGAUAGGUGAUAAAAGAAGAUCUACGGAAACAAUAACUUGAUAAAGAUAUUUAAGACAGCUGAAAUAUCAAACUGAUUGAUUUUUAUUGAUGUUGUUUUUUUGUAUAAAAGUUAAUGUCUAUUCAAAUACAAACCAAGAAAUACUUCCUCAAACGUCUGAAUUCAAAAUACAUACAAUGAGCUGUUGUGUAAAGUCGGGAAUGUAUUUACAUUAAUCUGUAUAUGUGGAAUUUAUUUAGAUGUAAACAGUGAUAAUAUGCCAACAUUUUAUGGUGUGUUUUAAAGUUAUAUGCGAACCAUAUUUCUUUCUGCAAAAAGCAACGAAUAAACAAUGGGAUGCAAACACUCCACAUCGUACACGAAACAUUCGUGCAGACAAUUAAGCAAACAGAAGGAUUCAGUGAAAUCACGUGUAACAUUCACCAUGAAAUAUCCGAAAGAACUUACUCCGGCGGAAAGGCAGACAUUGCGACGAACAUGGCCAACCUUAGCCAACGAUUUGCAGGGAAAUGGUUUACAACUGUUUCUUAGAAUAUUUGAUAUGUGUCCAGAGGUAAAAGUAUUGUUUUCUGUAGAAAAUGUUCGACCUUCGCAACUUGCACGAAAUGUGAACAUCAAGGCACAUGGAGCGCGUUUCGCCAACGCAAUCGGGUCAGUAGUAGAAAGUUUGGACGAAUAUAACCAGAAAGAUAACAAAUCUUGCAAAUUCCUGUUUGCCCUCGGACAAAAACAUAAGCGAUUCACGGGAUUCAAACCGGAGUAUUUUGAUAUAUUCUAUGAAGCGCUCAUGUGCCAAUGGAAACGCUGUAUGGGUGACCAGUUUACUCCAGAAGUAUCGGAGGCAUGGGGUCACUUGUUUGUUCAUAUAAUGGAAACACUGAAGGAAGGGUAUUUUUCAAAAGAAGUGACGUUCGAAGCACAGUUUGGAAAUGAAAAAGGAUAUCAAUGACAGAUCAAUAAGUGCCAGCUGCUAAUUAUAGACUUAUAAAAAUGAAGUACUAUUUUGACUCCAUCUUGGCCAUUGCAAUUGUUGAUCAGUUCAUUGUAUCGGAAAUGACGCGACACAUUUUUCACAAAAAAGAAAAAAAAAACAACUGAAAGUAUCUUUAGUUAUAGGACUCUUUUUAACAUUUGUAAAUAUCUCUAUCUCAUACUUGUAUAUUUAGUUUCACCACAUCAAGAAGAACAAUAUACAAGUGUGAAAAUAUAUUAUGAAAACUGCAAAAGUCUGGUGCAAAGACAUUUUAUUAAAUAAGCAUGAAUGAGGCUACUAUAAUGCGUAUUUUUGCUUCAACAUCUUUAACUCAAAUAUCUAUAUUUCAAUGCUAACAAUAUUCCGGAGAUCAUCAGACAAAAGGUUUAAAGUAUUUGUAUUUGUAUAAACUUAAUAUGGAGCUUGCUUUACAUGAUAGAUUUAUUAAACUAUAGAUAUUUAAUUUUGAUGAUUUUAUUGUUUCAGUGUAACAUUUCGAAGCGUAUAAAUAGAACUUUUGUAUACCCUUU